AUGUCAUCAAUCACAAUGGCACCGUCAAGAGCAUUCACAUCCCGCUCUCGGGCCAUCCUCAGCUCCCUCCGUCCCACCACCACUACCACUUUCACGCCCCAACGCCGACACAUCUCAGCCUUCGGCUACGAACAAGCAAAAGCUCUCGUCCUGAGCGGCUUCGGCGAACCCAAAGAUGUCCUCCGCCUUCACGGCCACAGCAUCUCACCACCAUCCGGUGGUCUCCUCACCUUAAAGUUCCUCGCCUCCCCCAUCAACCCAGCCGACAUCAACCAGAUCCAAGGUGUCUACCCCACCAAACCCACCUGGACAACCUCCCUCUCACCACCUGAUCCCAUAGCAGUAGGGGGCAAUGAAGGUGUCGCUGAAGUGAUCAGCAAGGGAAACAAUGUGAAAGGCAUCGAGAACGGUGACUGGGUCAUUUUGAAGAAGCAAGGGUUCGGAACGUGGAGGACACAUGCGCAGACAACGGCAGAUCAGUUGUUCCCCAUCAAGAACCGGGAUGGACUGAAGCCGGAGCAGGUUGGGACUGUUAGUGUCAAUCCUUGCACGGCGUAUCGCAUGUUGAAGGACAUUGUGCAGCUGAACGAAGGAGAGUGGUUCAUGCAGAAUGGAGCCAACUCUGGUGUGGGGAGGGCUGCAAUACAGCUGGGACGGCUGUGGGGAUACAAGAGCAUUAAUGUUGUGCGGAAGAGGGAGAGCGGUCAUGAGGAACUUGUGAACGAUCUCAAGAGUCUUGGUGCGGAUGUAGUCGUCACCGAGGAGGAGCUGAAGAGUAAAGACUUCAGGGAUAAGGUCAAGCAGUUCACAAAUGGCGGGAGGGAGCCGAUAAGACUGGGACUGAACUGCGUCGGCGGAGCCCUCGUAAACGACAUGGCGAAGCACCUAUCCGCGAACAGUCCUAUGGUGACAUACGGUGCAAUGUCGAAGCAGCCAGUCAACUUGCCAAUGGGUCUGCUCAUUUUCAAGAACAUCAGCUUUAAUGGCUUUUGGGUUAGCAGGUGGAGUGACAAGUACCCAGAUCAGAAGGAGGCGUGUGUCAAUGAGAUCUUGGAGUUGACGAGGCAGGGCAAGUUCCAAGAUAUUCCGACGCAGAAGACUACGUGGAAUCAUGAUACGAAACAGGAUGUGCUUGUGGAUGCUGUACAAGGGACUUUGGAGGGGUAUCGGAAAGGGAAGGGAAUCUUCGUUUUUGGUGAUACGUAA